GAUCGUUCUCCAUUAAUAUGAGUGUCCGGACAGUCGCCGAGUUCAGGGACGCCAGCGGGUCACUAGGUGCAGUACCCGGGCCGGCCGCCAGGGCUCAGUACUUCAUUUCUCUGACAGCCGAGGCGGCGCUUACGCUAGGAGAGCGGAGCUUCUCCUGUCCGAGUCACAUAUACGCCCGGGUCCGGUCUGGAACAAGGAUGAGUUGUUCACCCCCAAGCUACUGCUUUGUUGCCCUGCCAUCUCGAACUUCAAAUGGUCAUAUCUUGUUUGCGAAGAACUCCGCACGCCCACGAGAUGAGGUUCAAGAGGUGCUACAUGUACCAUCUAAAAGUCAUGAGGCUGGAAGCAAAGUUCAAUGUACAUAUCUUACCAUUGACCAAGCUGCCAAGACUCAUUCUCUGAUACUUAGUAAACCAACCUGGAUGUGGGGAGCUGAGAUGGGAGCCAAUGAGUAUGGACUGUGCAUCGGUAAUGUGGAUGUCAUUACAAAGCAAGCUACAGGUGACACCGCCUUAUUACUAGGGGCAGAUCUUGUCAGACUUGGUCUUGAGCGGGGAACAAGUGCUAAAGAAGCCCUUAAUGUCAUCACCUCGUUAUUAGAAGAGUAUGGGCAGACAGACAGUCAGGGCUACCACAGUGCCUUCCUCAUGGUGGAUAGAGAGGAGGCAUGGGUCCUGGAGACGGUAGGCAAAUUCUGGGCAGCUGAAAAAAUCACAGAUGGUGUAAGAUGUAUCUGCAAUCAUUUCUCACUAAAGACACAUAUAGAUCUGGAGCAUCCAGAGCUUCGGAGUCAUGCCCGAGGCCAGGGUUGGUGGAGUGGAGAAGAAGAGUUUAACUUUGCAGAAGUUUUUUCAGAACAUACAGAUGGAGAUGAUUGUUUGGGGAAAGAGACUGUAGAAAAUGAGGGAGAACUGAUGACCGUGGAAUCAAUGAUAAAUCUUCUUCGUAAUAAAAGUAGUGGAAUCUGUGUGGACACGGACACCUUCCUAACUACAGCAAGUGCAGUAUCGGUAAUACCCAGGGAUGAUAAAUGGCCCUGCAUUCACUUUCUCACUGGCACACCAGAUCCAUCAAGGUCUAUAUUUAAACCUUUUAUCUUUGUGGAAGAUGUGAAAACCGUCCUUAAGGUGCAGGCUUCUUGUGUAGGAGAUAAUCUAAGUGAUUAUGAUCAUUCACAAGGAAAACAUGAACUCUAUGAAGCCCAUCAACGUGCACUAUCUUUAAUGGAUGAAGAUAAGGAGGAAGGUGAUCAACUUCUUAAUAUAAUGUUAGAUCUGGAGAAACAAGGCUUGGAUGCCAUUGAAGAUUUACUCAGUAGUUCCAAUCCAAUAGACAGUGCUGAAGUAGCAGACCUUUUCUAUGACUGUGUUGAUACAGAAAUAAAAUUCUACAAGUGAGGUACCAUGACAAGAAUACUGCCCUCAGGAAAUAAGAGCACGUGGCUGUCAACUCUUCUCCAUGUGGCACCAUGGCCAACGUUGCUGUGCUCUGUUUAGCUCUGUGUUUCGCUGUGAUGUGUGUAUGUUCAGGGAACAGAGUCAUCCUCACAUUCUCUAUGCCUGUAGAUUAACAGAACUCACCAUGUUCUAACAUACAUUGUACUACAUGUGAGGAUCAUAGCUGUAAAGGUGCUGUAACUAGAACAUUUACACUUCUAGAGGGUUCACUAUUACGAACUGAGUAAAAUAUUGCAAGACCUUUGUAGAGUACUGUAUUAGUAAUAAAAUGAGAGUAUGGAAUGGAAUUAGAUUGUGUAAUAAACUGAACAUUUGAUUAAAAAGGAUUUAACAAUAAAUGUUUUAUGAGUGUGUAAGGCCAACCAAAUAUUUUUUAAGGCCGACCAUAUAUCUUAGAAAAUGGACAAGCACAACAAUUUAUAGCUGGACAAUUGUCCAUAGAUCCAUGAUAUCCUGAGUUAUCUUCUUUACCCCCAUGGUUUUUAUUAGGAAGAUACUUAUUCCCCUUUAUAUUGUAGCAAAGCAUCAAAUUAACGAUUGGGUCACUUUGGGGGGGAUUUAUCAAAGUUGUCUAUUUCCCGCAUCAAUAUGGACCAAACUACAGAGGGUUAGGCUGAUCUAUUGUGCGCCUAAUUUAUCAAAAGUCACACGGCUCUAGAUAAAUUCUGUGCACAGACUUCAGGAUCUAUGCUUUAGACUGUAUAUAAACCUGCUCCAGCAUGGUCUGACAUUUCAGCGUACUUUAGGCCAAUGCGACUUGUCGCUGAAAAGUCGCUUUUGAUAAAUUCAGCACCAAUGCAUUUCUGUCUAAAAUAGACUAGAAUGCAUCAUCUUCUAAAAAUCCUCUAAAGCAAAAGUCGCAAAAAAGUCACACAUAUUUAGACUGCGACUUUCUGUGCGACAAAUUUCGACUGGAAAAAACAGUGUAAAUCCUUUGAUAAAUCUCCCUCUUUGUCCUGCAUUUUGCAAAGCCACAACUGAGAAUCAGUUGCUAAGACAUUAAAAAAGGUGUUUUUCAAUCUUUUAAAAACUGUCAGGGAGAUUUAUCAAAACCAGGGCAGAGGAAAGGUUGACUAGUUGCCUAUGGCAACCAAUCAGAUUGCUCCUUUCAUUUUUCAGAGGACUCUUAAUAAAUGAAAGAAGCAAUCUGAUUGGUUGCUAUGGGCAACUGGUCAACUUUUUCUUUGCACAAGUUUUGAUAAAUCCCCCCCCCCCCAUGUGUGCUUAAGAGAAGUAGAGUAAACCCCAAGUAUCUUCUCACUCCCCUCUACAGGACUUAAAGUGCACCUGCCACUGUAUCUAUAGCUGUUAAACUGGCCACACAGUGCGGUAUGGGGUUAUCAAGUUAAUGCCAGGAUUACCUUUUGUUUCCAAUAAAUAAAACAUGUUUUAUCCCGUCCUAGAGUGUCAGAGGGGAGGGCCCAGGGUCCACUAUGUGCCAGGGCCACAACACCUUUCUUCUGAUGACUGACACACGUGACUUGCCUGCCUGUAGCGGCCCCGUGUAGUUUACCCCUGCAUGCACCAUGAAUGUGUAUUAUAGUGUAAUACUAUUAUACUCAACAUGUGUCGUAAUACUCAUUGACGGUGUAUGUGAGGGCAAACUGCACAGGGCUGCUGCGGGCAGGCAAGCCCUGUGUGUCAGUCACCAGGAGGAACGGUCGUGAUGUUAGCAGAGAGAGAUUGUGGCCGUGGGGCAUUGUGAACCUUUUUUUGUGUAACCCCUUCAUUGCUUCUUGCAUGUUCAGUGCAUUAGUAACCCCUCUCUCUCUCCACAUGCCAUCUAUAGUGUACAGACUUUUACUAGCACUAUUUCAUGGCAUAGGAGAGAGGAGUAUGUGAUGAGCUCCGAUUGGCAGGAAAAGAAGCAACUGUGUAAAAAUGGAGUGCCAGGAAGCUAGAAGAGGUAAUGCCUUCCCUCCAGCACCUUUAACCCCUUCAUGACCCAGCCCAUUUUCACCUUCAUGGCCUGGGCAUUUUUUGAAAAUCUGACCACUGUCACUUUAAACAUUAAUAACUCUGGAAUGCUUUUACUUAUCAUUGUUUUUCCGUGACAUAUUCUACUUUAUGUUAUUGGUAAAAUUUCACUGAUAUUUGUAUCCUUUCUUGGUAAAAAAUCUAAAAAUUUCAUGAAAAUUUUGAAAAUUUAGCAUUUUUCUAAUUUUGAAAGUCUCUGCUUGAAAGGAAAAUGGAUAUUCCAAAUAAAUUACAUAUUGAU